AGGACGCCACGAGGCGAACCACCAACUGCCUCCUUCCGCGCCGCCGCCUAUAACGACCACUUCACGUGCCCUAUCUUUCUCCGCCUGUGUUCACGGCUCCCAUCCCCCGAAGCCGCCGACGCAGGAAACGAGUCGACAUGGAGGCCAAGAAGAAGUCGGCCCCCUCCACCGCCGCCGGUGCCGGAGCCGCGGCGCCGCCGCCCAACGGAUAUUUCAGCUCCGUCUUCUCCUCGUCGCCUGCGGGGAACGCAAAAGACGCAAAGCUAACGGACUUGUACGCGAUGCUGAACAAGCAGAGUUCCAGAGGGCAGAAUGGCAAUAGCAUCACAGAUAGCAAAUCUAACGGUCGCACUACGUACAAGGAUGGAAAAAAUGUCUAUCCAAAUGAGUCAUCAGAAUCUCCUUAUUUUGGCUCAUCCGUGCAUUAUGGUGGUCGGGAGUUCUACAAUAGCUCUCCACAGAAGCAACCUGCCAAUGAACCACCAAGAAAUUAUAAAGAGGACAAUCCAGAUGGCUCUGCUACUAGAGGUGAUUGGUGGCAAGGUUCACUUUAUUACUGAAUAAUCUCCUGUGGACUCUCCUUUUGUGAACGAGGAAUAAAAGGAGUAGCGCUUGUUGUAGUGUUGGAACUGUUGAUACUGAGCCGUCAGGCAUCGAAAAACCAUAGCUGGGAGUUGGCGUCGGGACUACACCCGUCCUGUCGGUGGAGGCAGUAUUUAGAUGCAUCAUCUCACCUGGACAGAUGAGGGUGUAGGCCAUGUCCUUUUUUUCUGUUGGUCACUUUUCCCUGUGUUUCUUGUGGUUUAGGUGCAGUACUGAACUACUAAUGGACUGGUAGGUCAGCAGGGAGUAGCUUCAUAAGCAGCUGCCAAAGAGUCGCAGCUCGCAGGAUCACCUGCUACUUGUACCGUGUGUGUCCUUGUUCCUGCUAUGUUUCGAAAAGAAUUGGAUUGCACAUACCCCUGUUGCCAUUAAAACUCUUUCUCCAA